AUGAUCAUGAAACUAUUGAUUGGUUUUACCACAGACCCUGAUGAGCCUAAUUGGCACGGAUAUAUGUACGCUGUACUACUUAUAUUCACAAACAUUUUCCAGAGUCUUAUCAAUGGAUAUCAGGCACAGCGUAUGUCUGUGUUGGGUAUGAGGAUCAGGACGUGUUUAGUAUCCGCCGUCUAUAGGAAAUCAUUGGUUCUGAGCAAUCACUCCAAGAAAGACACGACUUCUGGAGAGAUAGUCAAUCUCAUGGCUGUUGACUCCCAAAGAUUUGUCGAUAUGUUGCCAUUCAUAAGCUUCAUAUACACGGCGCCGGUACAGAUCGCUAUCUCCUUAUACCUACUAUACAACGAGUUAGGUGUGGCCACAAUGGGAGGGCUGGUAUUGAUGAUACUCAUGAUUCCCGCCAACGGCUGGGUUUCGGCGAAAAUAAGGCAAAUUCAAGUAAAACAAAUGAAACUCAAAGACAAAAGAGUCCGCGGUUUGAAUGAAAUCCUCAGCGGAAUUAAAGUCUUAAAAUUAUACGGAUGGGAGGAGGCGUUCGUGGAGAACAUACAGGCUAUCCGUCAAAAGGAGUUAAACCUGAUUAGGAGGUCCGGAAUGAUUAACUCGAUUACCAUAACACUGGCCUCAUGUCUGCCAUUCCUCGUAUCACUCCUUACAUUUGGAUUAUACAUAGCAUUAGAUCCCAAUGGCAAACUGGACGCACAAAAGGCAUUUGUGUCCAUAUCCCUGUUCAAUUUGUUAAGAAUACCUCUAACUAUGGUACCCAAUAUGGUUACCAGUUUGAUACUGACAUUAGUUUCCGUCAAACGAUUGGAUAAAUUCCUGAACUUCUCUGAACUCUCGGGUUAUGUGACCCGAAAAACCGAUCAGAAAGAAGUGGUAAAGAUAGAGAACGGGUCGUUCACUUGGGAUUCAGUAGAGGAGGUGGAGUCGGGACUGAAGCCAACCCUCGAGAAGAUUAAUAUGCGAGUAAUGAAAGGCAAGUUCGUGGCAGUGGUCGGGAAUGUGGGCUCCGGUAAGAGUUCCCUUCUGUCGGCCCUAUUGGGAGAUAUGGAGAUAUGCGGCGGAAGUGUGAACAUCAACGGC